AUGACUUCCCUGCACCCAGUUCGUGUGAGUCUUUCGGUGUCGUGGCUCAGAUACCGCCAGUCUGCCAGACCCGGCCAGGCGAAAGACGAAGAGGCCUCCGCAGCGGCUGGGGCGGCUUCUUACUGGAGGGGCACACGGGUGCGACAAGAGGAGGAGUUAAACCUCCCGGCUCCCCAGAUUCAGAUCGGGGAGAAUGGCAGCAUGUCUAUCGAGUACGAUGGCUAUGACCUGGUGCAAGAAUGCCUGGAGUACUACGUGGACAAAAGCCUCGAGGCGCGGAACCAACGCCGGGUCUACGAGAAGGAGCUCCACGCGCUGAACCAGCGCGAUAGCUCCAGGUUGGAUCAACAUGAUCUCAGAGCUGUGAUGGUCUACUUGCUCAUGGAGAAUGCGGAUCGUUCCCUUCACAAAGACUUGGGCCUGUCCUUGCGAUGUUUGGCCCGAUUCUUUUGGCACUAUCCCGUGGUCAUCUUCCACACCAAUGGCAGCACCCAGGCAGAGCUUGCCUGGCUGAAAUCCUUGGCGCCACCACACAUGAAAGUCUCGUUCGAGGAGGUGGCCUUAGGCUUCCCUGCAGAGAUCUUGAACUUCCCAGGAGGGCCUGAUGCCUUCCUACAGCCACCCUUGUGCAUGCUGGAUGGCAAGCAUUGGUGGACGAGCCAUCGCACCUGUGGCUGUCGUUGUCCCGCUUGGCGGCCUCAAUGCUGGCCGGUCAACUGGAUGCAUGCAGCACACUUCUUUACUGCUGGUAUGUUCCGCACGAAGACCUUUCAAGAUGGAGGAUACGAUUACUUCUUCCGAGUCGACACGGACCUCUUCUUUGUGGCUGCACCGGUGGUUGACCCCUUCAAGCUCAUGGCCGAGACUCGCUGCGUGAUGGUCUACGACCACCUCUCCCGCGAAGCGCCCGGCUGCUUCGACGACUUCGACCGGCGAAGCGCCGAGUUUCUCGAGCAGAUGGAGUACACGGGUGAACCAGAUGUGGAUAUUCUUCUAGUAGGCAAAGGUCCUGCAGCUGCAGGUGGUCAGUGGACGAUCGGCGAUGCGCGCUUCUUCACCACACCCUUGUACCUGCAGUUUGCAGAGCACAUGGUGAGUGGCAUCUAUGCCCACCGCUGGUCCGAGCAGCUGAUCCUGCUGCGCAGUGCGGCACUUUUUGGCCCCCGAGCCAAGGUGUGGAAGCUCUCCGAGGAGAUGCCAGCCGUGUCGUUGUGUACCUCGCCGUUGUUUCCAGAAGAUGCUGGAGGCUCUGGUGCAAGCGCUGGACUGCUUCACUUGAAGGGCGGCUUCCGCCAAGAGCACUUGCUGAAGACCUGCGCAGCGGAGAUGGUCCGGAUCUUGAAUGCCUUGUCAUCUGAGCAGUUGAGCCAGGCGGUUUCGGAGGAAGCGCAGUCGCCCGCAGAACGGGCAGCCGGAGGGGUGGCCGUUUCGAAGAUUUUCGAAGAACCUCAGUGGCGGAUGACCUCUCCACCAGUGCCUUGCUCGGCCUUGUGCCCCGCGGGCCCGGUGCCCAGCUGGGUGGCUGGACAUGAGGCGCCACAAGAGAUGGUAGGGGAAUGUGCCUGUUGGCGUUGGGUGCCCAAGACGUCCCGUGUCGCUCUUGUGGCCGACUUCCCGGCCAGUCACCCGCUCGCCGGUAUCGGUCGCUUCGGUCGCUUGCUGGGCCUUUUGGUAUCCUCCCAGGGUGCCACACCGGGGCGCAGCCCGGAGCAGGUUCCACACUUUCCUGCUAGCUUUGCUGGGUCCAUUGGCCCACUCCUAUGUGAGCUCAUGGUCUUCGAUGACGGCUCGAUGACCGCGGACAAAGCACAGUCGAGCGCCAUGAGUGGCUUGGAGGUGAAAACUGCGCCCAGCUGCGUCUGGGUCUUUCGGCGGGUGAGCACCAACCUCCUGAAGCUCUUUAAGGGAAAGCGAACAAAGAUCGCCAAGCUCGCGAAGGAGAAGGCUGCCUUGAAGGCUGACUUGUUGAAGAACCACGGUGAGCGGAAGAUCCAAGAUGUGACGGUGGAGAUGGCCAUCAACGGCGCUCGAGCCAUCAAGUCGAUGGUCACAGAGACUUCGGACUUGGACGCCAACAAGGGCAUUGCUUAUCGACAUUUGUCGCUGUAUGAAGUCAACACGAAGCUGCCGAAAGCACCAGGGGGCAGCGUGGCCUUGCCGGAGGGCGCCUUUUGGCUGCUGGUCACAGGUGAGGAGCCCUCCGCUGAGGAGGUCAAGGGCAUGACUGAGGAGCUCCACAAGCGCGCGACGAUCCCUGCGAACGUCAUGACGACCAUCGAUUCGUUGCCCAAAGAGACUCACCCGAUGACUCAGCUCUCAGUCGCUAUGUUGGCCUUGCAAAAGGACUCCAAGUUUUUCAAGAAGUAUCAGGAGGGCAUGAAGAAGGAUGACUAUUGGUCCUACGCCCUGGAGGAUUGCCUCGAUGUGGUCGCCAAGGUCCCCAUCAUCGCGGCCAAGAUCUACCGACGCACCUUCCACGAUGGGAAGCUCCCAGAGUACGACCCCAAAUUGGACUGGGCCGCCAACUUCGCGCAGAUGUUGGGCAUCAACCAGAGUGAGGAUUUCAAGGAAGCCAUGCGCCUCUAUUUGAUGCUUCAUGCAGACCACGAGGGAGGGAACGUCUCGGCCCACGCCACACAUUUGGUGGGCUCCGCCUUAAGCGAUCCGUACUACGCCUGGGCCGCGGGCCUCUGUGGCCUGGCCGGUCCCCUCCAUGGCCUCGCCAACCAGGAGUGCUUGUCCUGGCUUUUGGACGUCCAGAAGCAGCUGGGGGGUCAGAAGCCCACCAAGGAUUUGAUGACCGAUUUCGCCAACAAGACCCUGAAGGAGGGUAAGGUGAUCCCCGGCUUCGGCCAUGCGGUGCUGCGGAACACCGACCCCCGCUACAUGUUGGAGCGUGAGUUUGCCUUGAAGCAUUGCACGGAAGACCCAUUGUUUCAGCUGGUGGAUUCUUGCUAUCAAGCUAUCCCUCCAGUGCUGCUGAAGCAGGGGAAGGUGAAGAACCCGUUUCCCAAUGUGGAUGCGCACUCGGGGCAGCUCAUGCAUUUCUAUAACCUCAAAGAGCAGAAUUUCUACACCGUGGUCUUCGCUGUGUCACGGACCUUAGGCGUCAUGGCGCAGUACAUUUGGUCCAGGGCCGUGAGCCUUCCCAUUGAGCGGCCCAAGUCCCUCCCCUUAGAUGAGCUCAUGAUCCUUGCGAAGAAGCACCGUUGGCAGCGGGAGAAGGGUCUGGUCAUCAACUACGCCGACCCGGCGACGGCUGCGGGCACCGCUGUGCUCGGCUUGGGCUUGGUGGUGCUGCCCUUGUUGAGCAAACUCAAUCAGAUUCAAGCUGAAGAGACCUUCCAGUACAAAUACCAUGGAGAGACGAAUCCCAGGCAGCCCUUGCGGCUCUUCACUGAGUCCGAGCUGCGGCAGCGGCUGGGGAGCCUGGACGCCCAUUGCGUGGCCAAGGAGAUCGUCAUGAGCACCGAAGAGCUGGACGAACACAUGGAGGCAUCCAGCAUGGAGGAGACGGACGAUGAGGUGGGACGGAUCCAGAAGUGGCGGGACUCAGUGAAUGGUCACUUGCGGAGCUUGCAGAAGCGCUCGGCACUGGCAUUUUUGGGGUUGCCACCGGACUCCAGCAUGAAUGACAUCAAUGCAGUGUACAAGAAGAUGGCACUGGAGCUACAUCCGGACAAAGGGGGCGACCCUGAGAAGUUCCAAGAGUUGCAGGAGAUGAAGGAGCGGCUCACAGAGAUCGAGAAAGAAGAAGAAAAUCCUGAUGGAAAGAAAGAGAACGAAGACGAUCCAGAAGAAGAGGAGGCGAAGAAGCAGAAAGAGAAGGAAGAAGAGGAAGAGAAGAACCGCUUGCCCCCCCCAACGAGCGAGUGA